GAGGGGGAGAGAAGACUGGACCCCAAAGUUCAAAGGGAGCAGCCCCCACGACUGCUUCAUCCGCGCGCCUCACCGCGCAGGCGCCAUCUGGGUGAUUGAAGGAAGGCGGACUCUGAUUGGUCACUGUCGGGAGGGCGGCGAUUAGCAGGAGGACCCUUGGGGCGGAUCCUCUGAGAGAAGGGCAUGAAGUCUCCACUUCCGGAAACAAAACGGGCAACGAGGGAGCUGCCUGAAUCCAUGACAGAGGAGCCCGAAUGAUGCAGGAGGACGGAGGAGCCCGGCGCGGGAAGGAAGGCAGCGCCGCCCGAGAGGAGGAGGAGGAGAGCGGGCCCCCCGGAGCAGCCCUGCCCGGUCCCGGCGCGGCUUCCCCGGGAGACGGCGGGGAAAGGCCGGGGGGCUCCGGGGCUGCCGGAGGGAUGAGCCCAGGGGGAGCCCGGGAAAGGCGGCUGCCUGGAGGGCGAUGCGGGGAGGAGGAAACGGGCGGAGACUCCUUCGGAAGACCCAGAAAUCCCCGAAGGAUCCAGGAGGGAGGAAAGGAACAUCAGUGCCUGGAAUGUGGAAAAACAUUCAAUACAAAUGAACAUCUUCAAAGCCAUCUAAAGAUCCACUCUGGAGACAAACCAUUUAAAUGCCUGGAGUGUGGAAAGAGCUUCCAAUAUAGGAGCAGCUUUAGUAGACAUCAAGGAAGCCACUCAGGAGAAAAUCCUCAUAAAUACCUGGGGGGCGGAGGGUCCUUUGCAAGACCCAGGAAUCCCCAAAGGAUCCGGGUGGGAGGAAAGAAAUAUCAGUGCCUGAAAUGUAAAAAAUCCUUCAAAAGAAAUGGAGAUCUUCAAAGGCAUCUAAGGAUCCACUCAGGAGAAAAGAAAUAUGGAUGCCCGGAAUGUGAAAAAUCUUUCAAAAAAAAUAGAGAACUUGAAGACCAUCUAAGAAUCCACACAGGAGAGAAACCAUUUACAUGCUUUGAGUGUGGAAAGAGCUUCCGUCAUAGAGGAAACCUUUAUAGACAUCAAAGGAUCCAUUUCAUAGUGAAACCGAAUAAAUGCCUGGAGUGUGGAAAGAACUUCCAUCAUAGGGGAAACCUUUAUAGACAUCAAAGGAUCCAUUUGAUAGAGAAACCAAAUAAAUGCCUGGAGGGCGAAGAGUCCUUCGGAAGACCCGGAAAUCCUCAAAGGAUCCCUGUGGGAAGAAAGAAAUAUCAGUGUCCGGAAUGUGAAAAAUCCUUCAAAAGAAAUGACCUCCUUCAAAGGCAUCUAUGUAUCCACUCAGGAGAAAAGAAAUACGAAUGCCCAGAAUGUGAAAAAUUCUUCAAAAGAAAUGACCAUCUUCAAAGGCAUCUAAGACUCCACUCAGGAGAAAAACCUCACAAAUGCCUGGAGUGUAGAAAGAGCUUCAGUCAGAGGGGAAGUCUUUAUAGACAUCAAAGAGUCCAUUUACAAGAAGAGUAUGAAUGUGAGGAAUGUGAAAAAUCCUUCAAAACAAUUCAAAUCCUUGAAAAACAUCUAAGAAUUCACAAGCCGAAUAUAUGCCUGGAGUGUGGAAAGUGCUUCAGUCAAAGGGGAAGUCUUGAUACCCAUCAAAGGAUCCACACAGGAGAAAAACCCUACAAAUGCCUGGAGUGUGGAAAGAGCUUCACUAAUGGUUCAAACCUCCGUCGACAUCAAAGAAUCCACACAGGAGAAAAACCCUACAAAUGCCUGGAGUGUGGAAAGAGCUUCACUAAUGGUUCAAACCUCCGUCGACAUCAAAGAAUCCACACAGGAGAAAAACCACAUAAAUGCCUUGAAUGUGGAAAGUGUUUCAGUACGAGAGGAAUUCUGUAUGGACAUCAAAUCAUUCAUACAGGAGAAAAACCACACAAAUGUCUGCAGUGUGGAAAGAGCUUCAGUCGGAGAGGACACCUUGACGGACAUCAAAGAAUCCACUCAGGAGAAAAACCCUAUAAGUGCCUGGAGUGUGGAAAGAGCUUUAUUGAGCGUAGUAGCCUGCGUCAACAUAAAAGGAUCCACACAGGAGAAAAACCACAUAAAUGUCUGCAUUGUGCAAAGAGCUUCAGUCGGAGAGGACACCUUGACAGACAUCAAAGAAUCCACUCAAGGGAGAAACCAUAUAAAUGUCUGGAGUGCGGAAAGAGCUUCAGUCAGAGAGGAAAACUUUCACUGCACCAAACAAUCCAUUCAGGAGAAAAACCACAUAAAUGCCUUGAGUGUGGAAAGAGCUAUACUCAGCGUAGGGGCCUCCAUCAACACCAAAGAAUUCAUGUGGGAGAAAAAUGAUAAACAUGCCUGAGUAUGAGACGUCCUAGAGUGUAUCUCAGGAAUUGAAUUGAAUUGAAUUGCAUAUUUAAUUUGGCCAAGUGUGAAUAGACACGCUAGGAAUUCAUCUCACCUGCACAAGUUCUCAAUGUACAUACAAAGCAACAGAAUAAUGAUAUUCAUGAUAAUUAUAAUAAUUCCAAUAAUAGAGUUGAAUAAAGAAGAUAUUUAGAAGGGUAAAUAAUAACUGCCAAAUAAGGGACUUUCCCAGGUUGAUUAAUAAAGGACUUUUUCAAUUGUAUAUAAGAGAUGUUUCAACUGGCCUAAAUUGUACCUUUUCACAAAAUACUUUAGUGACUCAUGAUGCCAUUUCCCAUUUGAACGUUCUUUUAAUGCAAGGCUCAUUAUGAUAUUAUGGGCUGUUACUGUCCAUGUCAAUGAUGUAACUAACUGAGCAGGAUGAUUUCUUCCAGAAUGGAUUUGAUUUAAGUCAUGUCGAUUUAAAUCAUUAUAUAAAUCACUAUUAAGAAGACUUGAUUUAAAUCAACUUUUUAUAUUAUAAUUUUUAAAGACCAAAUGUAAUCUCUGUCCUGCAGUGGCUCCUCCGCUUACCAACUGUUGACUCACCGACCGUCCUAUUAAUUUUAAUGGGAUGGCUGGUGAUGCGGCAGGGACACAACAAGGUGAGGGACAUGGUGGGCAGCAGGUGAGUGGAUGCCCGCUAAGAGGCGCUGCUGCUGUGAUGGAUCUGGAAUGACAGGUACUCUUUAAUAUUUUAUUUAUAAGCUGCUUAGAAGAUUUCACUUCCGUUUUUACUGCUUGCCUUUCCUCCUCACACUUAAGAGCCUGGUGGUACUGAUGCAUUUCUGUCCAAACAAUCAUACAGUUUGUAGUCUACAUAGAUUUGCAAAACAGUGGGAUGAAGGAAUAUUCCUGAAAUUUGCUUUAUGAUUUAUCUCAUGGUUACUGUGAAAUUGUGUGAAUGUAUCAAUGCAGUGCAUGUUAUCUCGGCUUGCAGAGCUUCGAUUCAAUGAAUGAGUUUACCAGAAAUUUAAAUAUUGCAGAAAAUACAGCUUCACGCUACAUAACUAAGCUCCAUUUCAUGCUGAAUAAACUAUUGGCUGUACACCGCCCUGAGUCCUUCGGGAGAAGGGCGGUAUAAAAAUUUAAUAAAAUAAAUAAAUAAAAUAAAUUAUUAAGGCAUCUUAAAUAGAAGAUCUUUAUCUUUAGAUAGAUUUUUACCCCUAAAGCAUUUUAUUAAACGCAACUCAGCUGGGAUCGUCAGAGGAGCUUUUUAAAAGCAUUUUUUACAACUUCUUCGGCUGAAGAGGUUGUAGAAAAAAUGCUUUUAAAAGUUUAAAAAAAAAGUUGGCCACGCCCACCCAGUCACAUUACCCCACCACCACCAAGCCACGCCCAUAGAACCGGUAGUAACAAAUUUUAUAUUUCACCAUUGGUGUGUGUGAGCUGCUAAAGUGGGGCUGGCUGACUUAAUCCUGCUUACUGUCUCUGGGAUGUAUUUUGCGGUUAUCAUUCAUGACAGUUGGAUCUAUUGCCCCCAAACUGUACAGGUAGCAUUGAGCCAAAAAUUUCUGUUGUUGACAGCUGCUGUAACCCCAUUUUUUGCCAUAAUUGUCAGGUCAUAUCCUACAGUUGUGAAGUGAGUUGUGAAGUUGUUGUGUGAAUCCUCCAAUGACUUUGCGGGACACCAGCUGGAAAGGUUACAAAUGAUGACGUGACCCUGGCACAGCGCAGCCAUCAUAAAAACUUGCCAGUGGCUAAGCGCCUGAAUUUUGACCACAUGACCACGGGGGUGCUGGAACGGUCGUGAAAAUUGGUCAUGUAGCUUUUUUCAGUGGUGCUAUAAAGCGGGAUUUGAUACCACGCGACUGUUACACGAAGGAAUUGCUUGCCUGGCUUACCAGUUUUUAAAUGGAUGUUAGAAUCACUAAGCAAAUAGUUGUAAGUCAAGGACUAUCUGUACAGUGCUUUAAAAAUACUCCAAAAUUGCCUGCAAGUUGGAACCCACGGAGGCCAAACAUUUUCCUGCAACAACUCUGCAAAAGUAGCCCAGUUUGGUAGAAAAGCUGUUCAGCUGUUCAAACUGUUUCCAGCUAGCAUUUUUACUCAAUCCCCAAACCUUGGAGGUUUAUCUGUGUCCUCAGGGUCACCUGAGUGGUGCAAAUGGUUCUUGCAGGUUUCCCCCCCCCCUCUGGAAAUCCAUUCCUGCUGCCAUCCAAAGGGUGUUCAGCAGGGGUGAAAUGCUCCCGGUUCGGACCGGAUCACGCGAUCCGGUAGCAAUGGUGGCGGGUGGUUCGGAGAACUGGUAGUAAAAAUCCGUGAUCCCCCCGACCCUGCUGAGUUGUGCCAUCAUCAGAGGUGUUUUUUUUUACUUUUAAAAGCAUUUUUUCUUCAGCUGAAAAAAUGCUUUUAAAAAUAAAAAAAAAAGCCUUUGAGGAUCGCGUGGCUGAGCUGGGAUCAUCAGAACUCUUUAAACUCUUUUUUUAACAACAACAAAAAAAGGUUUUUCUUUUGACAAUCCCAGCUGAGUUGCCUGAUCACCAGAACCUUUAAAAAACAUGUUUUCUACAAGCUCUUCGGCCGAAGAGGUUGUUAAAACAAUCCUUUUAAGAGGUUUUGGCGAUCAGGCAACUUCAGCUGGGAUCGUCAGAGGAGCCCUUUAAAAGCUUUUUUUCCUCUGGCAAUCCCAGCUGAAUUGCCUGAUCAUCACAGACUUAAAUCAUUUUUUUACAACCUCUUACAACGGCCCCCACCCAUGCCUAUCCAAUUGCCUGUCCCCACUUCCUUAAUUGCUGCUUCUUUCGGGCUCGCUAAGCCUUGCUUUGCUUCGGCUGCUGCAAUCAGUUGCAUCAGCUAGCAACUGAAUCUGCCUGCCUGCAAUCCAUCUCCUCGGUGAGCAACUCAAUCUGCCUUUACUGGCUGAGGAACUCUGGGAGUUGAAGUCCACAAACCUUAAAAGUUACUAAGGUUGGAGACCCCUGAUCUUAAAAAUAUAAAUAAAAUACUAAAAUAAAAUAUUUGUGCAGCUUUCUGAGGUUUGGUGUUUCUGUAGUGUUUCACUCUAACUGCACAAAAACACAAAAUCUCACAAAGCUGUAUGUGGCAUUUUGUGUGUGUGUGUGAGUGAGUCAGUUGCGUUGUGUUUAUGUAAAGUGUGAAAGUUGGUUUUUGAGCUUUUUGUGGCUGUGUGAGGUUUCUGCUUGUUGCAGGGGCCAUUUUGGGUGAAGUGCAGCUGCUUUUACAUUGUGAGUCAGUUGUGUGUGUGUGUGUGUGUGUGUGUGUGUGUGUGUGUAAAGCAUGAAAGUUGGUUUUUGAUACGUCAUUGUUUUGUAUACUUUAUUAUUUUUUAUUAUUUAUUGUUAUUGGCCAUGCCCACCCAGUCAUCUGAUUAAGCCACACCCACUAAUUAAGCCACACCCACAGAAGCAGUAGGGAAAAAUUUUUAGAUUUCACCCCUGGUGUUCAGCCGAAAUUGCAUGGCUAAACGUCUGUAGAGAUUCUCCGUCAUCCGGGUCAGGGUUGUCCCCAAACGUGCUUUAUUCAAGAGGCAACUGCACUUUCUGUUUUUUUCUUUUGAAGGCGUUUCGCUUCUCAUCCAAGAAACUUCUUCCGCUCCAACUGGAGAUGUCACAACUGAAGAAGCUUCUUGGAUGAGAAGUGAAACAUCUUCAGAGAAAACUAAAUGUCAGCCUCCGCUUCUAUAUUGCUUGCUUGCUUGCUACGGCUGCCAUUGUAACGGGGAGGGGGAGGGAGUUGCCUUGGUUAUGGAGGAAGGGGGGAAGUGAGCUGGUGGAGAUGUCUUGUAACAGGGAGUAAAUUGGAGGAAUUUUCCCUCAGCAUUUUCUCUGCAGCUGGGAGGCGUGCUGAUAACCAGUCAAGGUCAACCGUCCAGGCAUAUCAGAAGGAUGGGGCCAUCUGAAGCUGCACCCCACAUGACCCCCUGGAGGAUUGUGGAGUGGAUAAUCCUGAUGACCCUGGUUUUGGGGACGUUUCCUAUAUGUGAUUUUCGAGCUUAUUGCCUCAGACCUUGCUUUUCUUUGAUUGCAUUCAAGUUCAUACUCAGUAAAAAAUACCUUUCUCUAUGAAAAUGGAGUUUUCGGGGUUUUUUCUUUCUUGAGUACUGAAAGGAGGCCUACCUGAUACCAAAUGAAGUCCAUCUGCCUCUUGAAAACGCACCUUUGGCAUAAGGCCUCCUGUCUGAGCAGGGGGUUGGACUAGAACAGUGGUCACCAACUGUGGUCCACGAGAAAAUUUUGG